UCACUUCCUUACUCCUGAAAUAUUAAAAUGUGAACUCGAAAACCCGAAGCUGGUGAGUACAGGAGACGUUGCCUUCCAGAAGAGUUGACAGCAGACGAUGAAGAUGGGCACCAAAGCCAUUGUUCUUAUUUUCUUCUAUGGACAGCUGUGGGGUAGCCCCCUCUCUGCUGAGAUCAAGGGGCCGUCAGAUCCUUCAGCCACUUUCCAGACACCCACCACUUUAAGAAUUGGCCCCACCACCCAACCCUUCACGCCUUCAUCUCCAACGGGCAAACACAGAGGGCUGCCAGUGUCCACUGCUACCACAGCACAAGGAGACAAGCUCCAUGAUGGGCACUUAAUAGGGGCAGUGCUGGUUGGUAUCAUCUUGGUGACUAUGAUAGCGGUGAUUGUCGGCAUCUUCCUGUGGAAGAGGUUGAGGAGGACCGGUUCAGUGGAUCCCCACUGGGCUGGCCGUUCCCCAUUUGCAGAUGGAGACGUGCUAGAAAUAACCACAGACAAAGAGCCCGUGCAAAGCUCAAAGCGCGCUUCUGUUCUCUCUCUCUUGCCCUGGAAGUUUAACAAGAACACGCUGCUGUCGGAAAAUGCCGAGGGACAACCGUCGGAAACAGGGCAAAGCCCUGAUGACCCAUCUGCAGAGAGUGCAGAUAAAAGGGACAGCCAGUCAAGCCCUACGGCAACAGAGAAUUCAGUUUCUUCCUCAACAAGCCUGCAGACUCCAAUUUCGGAUGGACCGGGCAGCUUGACUGACAUUCCACUCCAGUCCGAUGAUCUCUUGCCAGCACCAGCUGAUCUGCCCCCUCCGCCCAGCUGGAACAGUGAAAUUAGCAAGGACCUCUGCCCAAAUGAUACCGGGUCCCUCCCACUUCAGUCACCUGUAGAUACUGUCUGUUCAGCACCACCCGAUUUCUCUUGUAAAAAUCCAGGUGAGGCGUCAUUGUUUCCUCCACCACCUGAAGAAUUUUUCUAAGCCCAGACUCUAUGACAAACGCCACAUCCCCCUUUCAGAAACAAAAUGAACUAGCAGGAAAGCCAACGUAAUCUUGCCUGUCGUUUUUUGCACUGUUGCUUAUUUGAGCAUAAAAAGCGCCCUGUAGGGUCAGACCGGAAGGUCCUUCUAGUCCCGUAUCCAGUUUCCAGCAACCUGCCAGCCAGGUGCUUCCAGAAGGCACACCUGCAACUCCUGCCAACCCUUAGCAAUCCAUAUGAAAAGCCAUACGACUUCUGAUCAUGGAGGUUCUGUUUAACUACCACGGCUCAACAGCAGCUGAUAUUUGAAUCUUCAGCGAUCUACGGUUCCAUUUUAUUCACUUGUUGGCCAAGACACACACACACACACACACACACACACACACAUUUUAUUUUUAUUUUUUUAAAGGAGCCUUUUCGUCUCUGUGAAUUAUUUCCCCUGGCAUCCUCUCAAAUCCUUCCUGACCUGCAGCAUGCAUUUUACCUGCAUUUCUACUGUGGUGGCCUUGAGCACACUAAAAGGACUCGACCCUCCUGACUCUCCCUUUCAGCAUGUCACUCCUUCCUCUUUUGAAAACUAGGCAGCGCCACAUUGGACUUACUGGACAACUUCUCCAUUCACAUGCAGGACAAGUUUGAUUGCACUGUGGUCACUCUCUCCAAAUGGUUCAACAGCACUGACAUAUCACAGUAGAUCCUGGAGCACAGGACUAAGUCAAGAAUUCUCUUCCCUUCAGUUGCCUGGGGGACUGACUCUUCCGUAUCCAGAAAUUUGUUUGCUGCAACUUUAACACACAUUUGCCCCAGCCAAUUUUGGCUGAAAGAUCACCAUAGUGGCGUUUUUGCCUUUGGUAGGAAAUUAUUUUUUCAUAUGUGGAUUUCAUCUUCAGCAGUUGAGAUUUGCCUGCAGUGGCCAUUACCUUGCCACCUGCUGCAGUGCCCACGGUUGCAAUGCUGAAGUGGGCGAGGAAAGAAGGCCUUCACACUGCAAGGACUGCCAGGGUUUGCACAGUUUGCCACUCCCAGGGCCCUGCUCACUAAGCAACAUGGCAACGACUUGCAGGCUCCUGAAAUGCCCCCUCUGGGUGCACUCUGGGCAGGGCACUCUUGAUGGCAGUGCCCACAUUCAGCACUGCCCAUCAGACUUCACUUCUUACAGUGUAAUGCAAAAUGAGAACACUUGUUCAUUUUUAAAAGCAUUACCAGCUUAGUGUCAUUCAGCACUCCAAAUGGCUUCUGAUACUCAUGAUUUCUAUUGUUCUGAUUGAUAUUUAAAUUGAAUUUUUUUGGUGCCCAAUGUAAGUUUUUCCCCUUUCUUUUUUUUAUGUUGCAAGUCGCCCUGAGCUGUUUUUUUUUUUUUAAUAAAGAAAGCAAAUCAUGAAAUAUUUACACUCUGAUGGUGCUGCUCAUUCAUCCAUUUUCAACUAUUAUAUGAAGCACUUGGCCACUUUCGAGAGUGAGAACAUCCAUGGGA